AUGAAAGUCACACUCUUCUUCCUCGUCGUCUUCAUCACCAUCAACGUCUACAUGGUCAACGCUGCCACGAACGAAUGUCUCACUGACCCUAUUGUAGAAUGUGAAGAGUGUCUUACGGAUUGUUGUGAGGAGAUUCUGAUCUCCAUCAAGACGUACGAAGACUGCAGCUGCCCGCUACUGACUGAGGCCAACCCGGAAGAGACUCGUCAGAAUUUCUACCUCCGUAUUUUCUACCGAGAACUGUCUGUCUGGCUCAAAUGGUACUGCUACCUGCACGGCGCUUACGUGCCCUUCGGCGACGGACUCCCCAUUCUUCCCUACUACGCUGCAGUCAUGAAAGUCACACUCUUCUUCCUCGUCGUCUUCAUCACCAUCAACGUCUACAUGGUCAACGCUGCCACGAACGAAUGUCUCACUGACCCUAUUGUAGAAUGUGAAGAGUGUCUUACGGACUGUUGUGAGGAGAUUCUGAUCUCCAUCAAGGCAUACGAAGAUUGCAGCUGCCCGCUACUGACUGAGGCCAACCCGGAAGAGAGUCGACAGAAUUUCUACCUCCGUAUUUUCUACCACGAGCUGUCUGUCUGGCUCAAAUGGUACUGCUACCUGCACGGCGCUUACGUCCCCUUCGGCGACGGACUCCCCAUUCUCCCGUACUACGACGGUGACUCGAGAAUCCUCUGUUCCGUCACCAAAGACCACCAACUUCAGUAUCGCUGCUAUUCUUGGGGGUCAUUAACGACAAAAACUCAAAAGCCCGUCCAAGAGCCAGAAGAAGAAGAAGACGACGACAUUGAAAUAACAGUUGAAUCGGCUGAUGAUGAGAGAGUUGAAACACCGGAAGUUAGCAAAAUCGCAGAGGACACACUAAAAGUGGUUGGAGAGCUAGACUGCGUGGAGUGUCGCCUUGAGACGAAGGAAUUAUGGGACAAAUUCCACGAUCUUGGAACUGAAAUGAUUAUUACGAAAACUGGCAGACGCAUGUUCCCGACCUUGCGUGUCUCCUUCACUGGCCUUGAACCUGAACAACGCUACAUUGUCGUCAUGGAUGUCGUGCCAGUGGACAACAAGCGCUACCGGUACGCCUAUCACAGGUCGUCGUGGCUUGUGGCGGGGAAGGCAGACCCCCCUCUGCCUGCUCGUUUCAAUGUCCACCCGGACUCUCCAUUCACAGGGGACCAGCUCAUGAAGCAGACAGUGUCCUUCGAGAAACUAAAACUGACCAAUAAUAUUCUGGACAAGAGUGGUCAUGUGAUCCUGAACUCAAUGCACAAGUACCAGCCCCGCAUCCAUCUGCUGAAGAAGACGGAUGAUACCCAGCUUCCUCUCUCUAGCCUUGACAUGCAGAAGGUCAAGUCCUUCAUUUUCAAGGAAACCGUUUUCAUUGGCGUCACAGCGUACCAGAAUCAGUUGAUAACAAAGUUAAAGAUUGAUAGUAAUCCCUUCGCUAAAGGCUUCCGUGACUCUACACGACUCACAGAUUUUGACAGGGAAACUAUGGAACACCUCCUCCAGAACCACUCGUAUGCGAGAUCCCCCCUGAAGGCCUUCACACCUGGCGAGAUGCUGGAGGAACACUACAAACAGGCGGGUCAAGAACCACCCAGCAUGCCCGUCAAUAUGAUAUCACCAUGGAGAAUAUCUAUGUCAGCACUCAGUGCCUAUCACGCAUCAGCCAAUGAAAAGCCCCCGUGCAAUCUCUAUGGUAACAUGUUCAACCAUCCAUAUUUAAAUCUACGUAAUGACAUCCAAUCAGCAGCGACUCUCAACGAGAUGUUGAUACGUAGCGCCAUCUACAAGAAGAGCCUCCAAUCAACGUCAAUUGCUAGUCUAUAUGGCCACGCCCAUCGGUUUCACCCGUACCUACAGCCAGAGAGUAAUGGCAAGGAAGAUUCCUGAAGGGAGCGGAUGGAGGGAGCCUAAUGGGGAUGGUGCAAUGUUAACAUUUUAUGACAAUGAGAGAUGUGCAAUGUGUUUGGACCGACUGUGAUUAAGAGAUAAUUUGUGUUGUUGACUUUAUCCUAAUGAAUGGGACGAACAGGCUGUUGGCCAGGCAGAGAUUCUUCUGGAAAGAGAUUAAACGAACCGAUACAGUGAAUAUGUUCUUGCAGAUGUUAAAUCUCGUCUUAAGAUUUAGAGUCUGCAAAUAUGCCAUUCGUAUCAUCUUAAACUCUUUCGACACUAGACUCUUGGAGUCCACAAUACUGGCUGUGAAGUAUGAACAUUGUACCCUGAGUAGCUGUGAAGUCAUUCUAGAAGCUGAGGAUGGGGCGUCAGUUGGAUGCUCAUGAAGCUUAGCCUUCACCAUCACCUGUCUCUCCAAGCAUCACUAUGUGUCAGUCUUGUACAGUGACGUCAUUGCCCUAUGUGUUACCAUGGUGACCUGUGCCUUAGGUGCCGGUUCUCUGAUCUCACAUUGCCAUGUUCAUCACUAGCGCCAUCAACACAACACCCUGUUCCAGACAGAUCCAUCGAGUUCAUGGGUAGACAGGCGCGUUGUGCCUCCGAAGUCCAGAUGAGACGCUAAGCUCCUUUCACCCCUUCGCUCACCUGCAAAGCUCAUUGAAAUAAGGCUCUAGGUGUCGCAACAUGUACAUGUGGUACAGAGGAGUUCUGUGAUGGCAGCCAUGGGUUGCAGUCACGCAUAUUUCAAGUGCACUGACAGAAGAAAUCCGCGAGAUUUAAAACUUUAUGAAGUCUAUUAAACUAUUGUAUAUAUACGUAUAUUGUGUAAAGGAUUUUAUUAAAACUCUAUGUUAUGUUGUUGCUUAAUUAUGAACAUUCCGCUUUUGUUUUAAUUAAAGAUGUCAGUCUCUC